AAGAGGGAGAAGUAUAUAUAUUAAAAAAAGAUGAAAAUUAGGAUUAACAAAGUUACGAGGAUCUUUCUUGUUCUGUCUACGAUCUCUUCGUAAUUCCCUUCGACGGUGGCACGCGGACACCGAUCGCCAUGAACAUCUUCACCAAGAAACCCACCGCCAAAGAGGCUCUUCGGGAGAGUAAACGAGAAAUGGCAAACGCCACUAGAGGUGUAGAGAAGGAAAUUGGAGCAUUACAAUUGGAAGAAAAGAAACUCGUUGCUGAGAUAAAGAGAACUGCUAAGACAGGAAAUGAGGCAGCAACUAAAAUUUUAGCUCGCCAGUUAGUCAGGCUUAGGCAACAAAUUGCUAAUCUUCAAGGUAGUAGAGCUCAGAUGAGAGGUAUAGCAACUCACACGCAGGCGAUGCAUGCCCAUUCUUCUGUUGCUGUUGGCAUGAAAGGUGCUACUAAGGCAAUGGCAGCUAUGAAUAAGCAAAUGGCACCAGCAAAGCAAGCUAAAAUUAUACAGGACUUCCAGAAACAAUCAGCACAGAUGGAUAUGACUACUGAAAUGAUGUCAGAUGCCAUAGAUGAUGCCUUGGAUAAUGAUGAAGCUGAAGAGGAGACUGAAGAGCUGACGAAUCAGGUGCUGGACGAAAUUGGUGUGGAUGUUGCCUCACAGUUAUCAGCGGCUCCCAAAGGGAGGGUUGCAACAAAGAAUACUGAAAAUGUCAGCAGCUCGGGCAUUGACGAACUUGAGAAGCGUUUGGCAGCUCUUAGGAACCCAUAAAUUUUGCCUGGGAUUAUGUGAUUCUGGACCUCGAAGUUUUAAGCAAAAAUUCUUUCCUGAACUAUGUUCUCUUGGGAUUUCACAAGUUUAGUGUGUAUAUACGUCCUUGAAAUUAUCAUGUAUGAAUGAUGAUAUAUCAAAAUUUCUGAUAUGGCAAUUUACUAAAAGUUAUAGUUGGGGAUAUAAAGAAUAACGUAUAGUUUGAUGCUAUUUGAAAGUGAAUUGCCAAGUCGAAUUAUGUUGUAUAUGGCUGAAGAAGCUUUUACUUGUAACCUGUAGGUGCUUGUUAGGAGUGAAAUUAGGCAACGGGAGAAAGAUGUUACAUUGAAAAUAUGUAGAUUCUUUGAUUCCAAGGUAAUGUCAAACAGUAGUUAAUGGCUCA